UCUCAUCACAGAUUCAUUCUGACAUGGCAUUCAAGGUAUUUGCACUGGCCGCCCUUGUGGUCGUCGCCGUCGCCCGUCCAGAUAGCCCGCCUAGAUAUGCCUACUCAGCUCCCACACCCUCUUAUGCACCCGCCAAGUACGACUUCAACUACGCUGUAAACGACCCACCAUCUGGCAACGACUUCGGACAUCAGGAAGCACGUGAUGGUGACAAUACACAGGGAUCGUACUACGUCCUGCUUCCCGACGGUCGACUGCAGAGAGUCACCUACGUUGUCAACGGCGACUCUGGAUAUGUGGCUGACGUCACCUAUGAAGGAGAGGCUCAGUACUCCACCCCAAAAGCCUCCUAUGGUCCUCCUCAGCCUUCCUACAAGCCACCUACACCCUCCUAUGUCUAAGAUUAUUGAUCCCAAAUCUUUGUAUAUUCUGUAUAUUAAACAAGAAAAAAUUA